GUCUAGUGUUGUGGGUGUGGCGCUUGGUAGCAAGAGAGAGAGAGAGACUCGCGGACAGGAAGGGAACAAACACUCUCUCGUUGAUUGGACGCGGUUAGACAGAGUCCUGAGGUCUAUGCCAGGCUUCUCAUACCCCCUUCAAGACUUCGGUACGCUUAGGGCAGGCAAGAGCCCGAGCUGGCAUAAGGCCAGCUUCAUCUAGACCAUCCGCCUAGCAAGAAGUAGGAUUUGUUGCAGGAAGCAGCAUCCAAAUGAGGACUUUUAAGGUACUGUGCCUCUUACUGGUAGCUCUGACAGUAAGAGGUACUCCUGUGACAGAACCUAGCCCAGAAGCUAAGGGGGCCACAAGCCCCAAGGCUGCGUCAACAUCAAGUCCUAGUCCAUUGCCAAAAACUAGCCCUGAUGCAAAAUCUGUUACCACUGAGUCAGAUGCAGAAAUUCUGACUCACACCACUACUGACCAAUCAACCACAACUAUCCCUGAUGCAACAUCAGAUGCAGAGUCUUCCACUGAUCCAGGGACAGAUCAGUCUGAGGUCACCACCCCUAGUUCAUCACCAAGACCAAGUGCUGGCACUACAAAAGGCCCCAAGUCUCCAACGGGUCCACAGCCAAAAACCGUUGGAGGUAAUGGAACUGAAAGACAUCGUAAUACUGACCACGCUCCAACUACUUCUUCAGAACCUGUUACUGAUGUUCAGUCAGACGGCAAACAACUUUCACCUGAUUCAGGCCCUAAACCAGACCUCAGUUCAAAACCAAGAGAAACAUCUUCAACAAAAACCAAGGAUGAAUCCAAAACCAAGUCACCGGCAGGACCUGAUUCUAAGCGACCCUUACUGCAGCCGCUUGUCAACAAACAGAAGCAAGGUGGGCCAAACCCUGAAUCAAAGUCUCAACUUGGAUUUGGGAAUGGUUUUGGGUUACCAGGGUCUGCUUUCCCAAUAAAUCCAAGGCCAAUUUUGACAGGCGCAGGGGAAACUGGCCUCAAUAACUUCCCAUUCUUUGGAGGCGACCCCACCUUCGUUGAACUUCCUUUUCAAGAGAGCUUCAAUAAUCGUCAGCUAUCAAGGGGUAACCCUAGCAGUUUGCAGCCACGUCCCGUAUCACCUACUGGAGAAGUCUUUCCAGGUGCAUUCAGUGUUGGUUCCCAGGGCCAAGGAUUCGAAAUUCCAGUGAACACAGGUUUGGUAGUAAACCCUCCAAACAAUGUGCCUCAGAACACUGGCUUAUUCGGAGUCCCUCCAAGAGGACCUUUUGACUUUGGACAGCCAUUCGGCAAUCCUACAGUGCAACGGCCAUUUGCUCCAGGUUCUUCCGGAUUUCCACAGGGUACCACACCACAACCACCUCUAUUUUUCAACUCAAGACCAGGAGGUAAUCCUGGACUCUUCGCACCAAACCCAUCCAGCUCUCCACCUUUAUUUUUAAAUCCAAAUACUGACAAUACCUUUGCAAGACCAACAACUCCUCAGCCAUUCCCUCCAAGACCCUCUAAUCCUCCACCGUUGUUUCUGAACCCGGUUACUCCAAACCCAGCAUCAAGACCUUCGAUUUUCUUAACCCCACAACCUGGUAACCUGUUUAUACCAGAAGAUCGCAUUCCUUUUUCGUCAAGUCCAAACGACCUCGAUGAUCCUUCACCUUUCUUCAAUUCUCUUGGUGACAGAGGCUCAAACAACUUAUUCCCUGACAGGCCUUCGGUACUUUUCCUUAAUCCUGACAGAGAUGUACCACCACCAAGAGGACCACCAUCCAUUUUCUUGAAUCCUGAGGAUUCACCACCAAUAUUCACUAGUUCAAGACCAAGACUACCCUCAGGAUUUCCCCUCGGAGCAACAACACCCUUAGGAUUUCCUCUAGGAGCAACCUCACCCCCAGGAUUUCCUCUAGGACCUACAAUACCCUCAGGAUUUCCUCUAGGAUCAACAACACCCUCACAAUUCCCUCUAAGACCUACAACGCCAUCACCUCCCAUUUUCCCACGACCAACCACCCCAACACCUUUACCUCGACCAAUCACACCAACAUCAUUCUCACCUGGACCAACAACACCAUCCCCUCUUUUUCCUCAACCAACAACGCCAACAUUCUUCUCACCUAGACCAACAACGCCAUCACCCAUUUCACCAAGACCAAUACCAGGAUCAUUUCCCUCUCGUCCAGGGAUAUCCAUUAACUCAAAUGGCAGUCCAUUUACACCUACACCAUUUUUCCCGCAGUCAACUCUGAACCCAUCUCCCUUCUUCCCAAGUUCAACCCCAGCCCCUGGAGGACGUCCAGUCUUCCCUCAAAACUCAUUCCGUCCUGAAUCACCAACUCUUGGCCCGACUAUCAUUGUGUCUGAUGUAAACAACAGACCAGCACUGGUCACUCCUGUGCCCAUUAACCCAGGGUCCAACAGGCCACUAAGGCCAGCGUUCAGCUUUGGAAAUCAACGAGACAACUUCCCACACGAAAGUAUAGGGUCAGGAAUUGCACUGCAACCACCCAAAUAUAAUUAUGGUGAGGGCCCAGCAUAUUCCUAUGGCUAUGACGUCAAGGACCCAGCAAGUGGCAAUUUCCAGGGCGCAGAAGAGGAAAAAGGAGCUGAUGGUGUCGUCAGAGGCUCUUACCACUUACUUCAGCCUGAUGGAAAAACCCGAGUAGUCAACUAUUUAGCUGAUGAUUACAAUGGAUUCCAAGCCGAUGUGAACUAUCUACCGCCAGCCUACAGCUAAUUUGAACAAACAUUUGUUAGUCAAUUAUCUGGAUCUAUGUUCCCUUUUGACAACUAAAGGUUCACUCACUUUUCUGACCUUGUAAAUUUAUGAUGGACUUUGUAAAUAUAUUGAAGGAAUGCUUGAUUAAACUUGAUGCUGUUUCGCUUAGAAUCUUAGUAUGUUUAAAGUAUUCACUAUGGUUUACGUAAACCAAAUUACCUGCUACGUACAUACAAAUGGUGCUCGUACACUGUACAAUAAAAGCUAUGCUAAUGUACGGCAGAUACCUCACAAUCAUGUUAACAGACAUUACUUUCCAUUUGGCGUUAACUUAAAUUUUACUAGAUUCUAUCGCAGAAUAUUUGGUAUUAUAAAGAAUUUCCUCAUAAUCUAGGAAACCCAGUACUAAUAAGUUUAAUUUGCAAAUCCAUAUGAAGUAGCUGGCAGGCAAAAGUGAACAGACCAAUUGGGUUGACUUGGUAAGUAUGUUUGGUUGUGCUAUUUAUCUUUCCAGAAGCUUCUGAAUGAAAAGUUGCCAAAAAUAAUAAAAAUAUUUUCAGUGCAA